AUGAUUCCUAUUCUAGAAGACUUCUUUCCCCCAACAACAGAGGAUGUACAAGGAGAAGAUGAACAACCAACCACAAACCCUCAUUUUGAUGACUUAUUUGAGGAAAUUGAAGCUGAAUUGUAUCCCGGUUGUGAUUGGAUUUCAUCUCUCAACUUUUUAGCAAAGCUAUUGCAUUUAAAAGUUAGAGGAAAAAUUCCUAAUAACAUCUUUGAAGAAUUGUUGAAGCUUUUAACGUUUGCAUUUCCGAAGGAAAAUAAUAUUCUAGCAACAUACUACGAGGCAAAAAAGAGAUUGAAGAAAUUAGGCUUGGGUUAUGACUCUAUCCAUGUCUAUUUGUAUAAUUGUUGCCUAUGUUAUAAGGAGAAUGCAUCCAAGGAGGCUUGUCCAGUUUGCGGAACUAGUCGUUGGGUUACUUCCGAUAACGGCAAAGCAAAAAAAGUUCCUUGCAAAGUCAUGCGAUACUUUCCGUUGACACCUCGACUUAAAAGAUUAUAUAGUUCGAGGAUUACAGCGAAGAGCAUGAUAUGGCAUCAUACUGGAAAAUCGAAAGAUGAUGGGGUGUUGCGACACCCGGUCGAUGGUUUAGCUUGGAAAGACUUUGAUGUAAAACAUCCCGAGUUUGCAAGGGACCCAAGAAAUGUUCGACUUGGGUUAGCUGCUGAUGGAUUUAAUCCAUUUGGUAACAUGAGUCUUCCAUACAGCAUGUGGCCAGUGGUGUUGGCUAACUAUAAUCUACCACCUUGGUUAUAUGAUGUAGCAGUUGCCGAUGUUGAAUUAGAGGAUGAAAUGAUUCCUAUUCUAGAAGACUUCUUUCCCCCAACAACAGAGGAUGUACAAGGAGAAGAUGAACAACCAACCACAAACCCUCAUUUUGAUGACUUAUUUGAGGAAAUUGAAGUUGAAUUUUUGCAUUUCCGAAGGAAAAUAAUAUUCCAGCAACAUACCAUGCGUGCUGCACUUUUGUGGACAGUGAAUGAUUUUGCUGCUCGUAGUAGCUUGUCUGGGUGGAGUGGUCAAGGUUAUAAAGCUUGCCCUACUUGUAAUGAAGACACGAGGUCCAUUCGAGUGAUCGGGAAGACAUCAUAUGUUGGUCAUAGAAGGUUCUUGCCAAGUAACCAUGCAAUGAGAAGGGAUACUCGAUUUGAUGGUAAAGUUGAAAGAAGACCUCCUCCAAGACGAUUUACUUGUGAAGAGAUAUUAUCACAAGUUAAUAAUCUCGAACCCCAAAUUCUCGGACAUCAUGAAAAUUUUGGGGGCGUGAAACGUAGAAGAGUUGCAGAAACUUGUAAUUGGAGGAAAAAAAGUAUUUUCUACGAGUUGGAGUAUUGGAGCACGAAUAUUUUAAAACACAACAUUGAUGUCAUGCAUGUUGAGAAGAAUGUGUGUGAUAGUCUCCUAGGAACCAUCUUGGAUAAUGAUAAAUCAAAGGACACAACCAAUGCACGACAUGAUUUAAAGAAGAUGGGUAUUAGGGAAUCGUUGUGGAUUUAUGAAGAUGGGAAUGGCAGGCUAAUGAAACUGCAUGCUCCUUAUGUUUUGACUCGUGAGAAAAGGCAACUUUUUUGUCAGUUUGUUAAAGGAAUAAAGUUUCCCGAUGGCUUCUGUUCAAAUUUAAAGAGCAAAUUUUUCUCCAGAUGA